UUUUGCGAAACAACUGCUUUUGAAGCAGUUUCCAAAUCCGAAUCGCAGCCAUUUCUCAUUUUGAUAAAACAACCACCACAAUGGGCAACGUCUUUGGCAACCUUUUCCGAGGCCUCUUCGGCAAGAAGGAGAUGCGUAUUCUCAUGGUCGGACUCGAUGCCGCCGGCAAGACCACCAUUCUCUACAAGCUCAAGCUCGGCGAGAUUGUCACCACCAUCCCCACCAUCGGCUUCAACGUUGAAACUGUCGAAUACAAGAACAUCAGCUUCACCGUGUGGGACGUCGGUGGUCAGGACAAGAUUCGCCCCCUCUGGCGCCACUACUUCCAGAACACCCAAGGCCUCAUUUUCGUCGUCGACUCGAACGAUCGCGAGCGCAUCUCCGAGGCUCGCGAUGAGCUUAUGCGCAUGCUUUCUGAGGACGAGCUCCGUGACGCUGUCGUGCUAGUGUUUGCCAACAAGCAAGACUUGCCCAACGCCAUGCAGACGCCCGAGAUCACCGACAAGCUUGGCCUGCACUCGCUCCGCCAGCGCAACUGGUUCAUCCAGGGCACUUGCGCCACUUCCGGCGAUGGUCUUUAUGAGGGUCUUGACUGGCUCGCAUCCCAGCUCAAGAACCAAAAGAACUAAGCUUUGGUCGACCGCAGCUUGAUAUCUUCCCUUAUCCUAGUUCCGCUUGUUUUUUUUUUUUCGUCGUUGUCCUACUCUUUUUUUUUUUGUUUUGGUUGUUUGUGGUUUCGGUUUUGGUAUCGUUCUGGUUUUGGCUUUUGUGCGGGCCAUGCUUUUAUUAUUGGCGCCCGAAGAUCAAGAUUGGUUUUCGACCGUUUUGACUCUGAUGCGAGUGUGUACAGGUGCUGUCAUGGCAGCCUGUCAAUCUCAUCGACACAACACAAAAAAAAGCAAACACCACGAAGAAGUUGCCUUUGCGCUCCCAGACUUUUGUUGAUUGUUUCUUUUUUUUUGUUUCUUGUGAGUGUAUCUUUUCCACAACAAUUGGAAUUUUUUUGAUCUUCUACUGUUGCCGUUUCAUUUGAUGAUGUUUCCAGGUCCACCUGUGUAGUUUGAGCUGCGUCGUACUUUCAAAACAGACAAAAUGACAAAGAAGAAAUUUAUGUUUCCG